UCAAGAGCAGCCAUGGCCGCCUACAAAGUCAAGGUGGCCACGGGUACCGACCUCUUGUCGGGAACGAUGGACUCCAUCUCGCUGACCAUCGUGGGGACCCGAGGAGAGAGCCAUAAGCAGCUGCUGAACCAUUUCGGGAGAGACUUCGCGACUGGGGCGGUGGACGAGUACACGGUCUGCUGCAAGCAGGACCUGGGGGAGCUCAUCAUUAUCCGCCUGCAUAAGGAGCGCUACUCCUUCCUCCCCAAGAACUCCUGGUAUUGCAACUACGUGCAGAUCGAAGCCCCCAACGGCCGCGUCUACCACUUCCCCGCCUACCAGUGGAUGGACGGCUAUGAGACCCUGGCCCUCAGGGAGGCGACAGGAAAGACAAGAGCAGAGGACACGCUCCCGAUCCUUCUGGAGCAUCGACAGGAGGAGAUCAGAGCCAAGCAGGACUUCUACCACUGGAGGGUCUUUGUUCCGGGCCUGCCCAACUACGUGCAUAUCCCCAGUUACCGCCCUCCUGUCCGGAGAAACCCCAACCGCCCCGAGUGGAAUGGUUAUAUCCCUGGCUUCCCGAUUCUCAUCAACAUUAAGGCCACCAAGUUCCUGAACUCAAACCUCCGCUUCUCCUUCGUCAAGACGGCCUCCUUCUUCUUCCGCCUGGGGCCCACGGCGCUGGGCUUCAAACUCCGCGGCCUGGUGGACUGCAAGCAAUCGUGGAAGAGGUUGAAGGACAUCAAGAAAAUCUUCCCCGCCAACAAGUCUUUCAUCUCCGAGUACGUGGCCGCGCACUGGACAGAGGACAGCUUCUUCGGGUAUCAGUACCUCAACGGCGUCAACCCAGGCCUGCUACGCCGCUGCACUCAGAUCCCGGACAAGUUCCCCGUCACAGAUGACAUGGUGGCCCCGUUCCUGGGCGAGGGAACGUGCCUGCAAGCGGAGCUGGAGAAGGGGAACAUUUACCUGGCCGACUACCGCAUCUUGGAAGGCAUCCCCACCAUUGAGCUCAACGGAAGGAAGCAGCAUCACUGCGCGCCCCUCUGCCUGCUGCACUUCGGCUCGGAGGGGAACAUGAUGCCCAUCGCCAUCCAGCUCAGCCAGACCCCGGGGCCCGAUUGUCCCAUCUUCCUGCCCAGUGACUCUGAGUGGGACUGGUUGCUGGCCAAGACAUGGGUGCGCUACGCGGAGUUCUAUUGCCACGAGGCCAUCUCCCACCUACUGGAGACACACCUCAUCGCAGAGGCCUUCUGUCUGGCCAUGAUAAGGCAGCUACCCAUGUGCCACCCCCUCUACAAGCUGCUGGUCCCCCAUACCCGGUACACCAUCCAGAUCAACAGCAUCGGGCGGGCCCUCCUCCUCAACGAGGGGGGGCUGUCUGCCAGGGGCAUGUCUCUGGGCCUGGAAGGCUUUGCUGAGGUCAUGGUGCGGGCUCUGUCAGAGACAACCUAUGACAGCCUCUACCUCCCCAAUGACUUCGUGGAGCGCGGGGUCCAGGACCUGCCGGGGUAUUACUACCGCGAUGACUCCCUGGCCGUGUGGGAUGCACUGGAGAGGUACGUGACAGAGAUCAUCACCUACUAUUACCCGUGUGACGCGGCUGUGGCGGGUGACCCGGAAUUGCAGUCCUGGGUGCAGGAGAUAUUUAAGGAGUGCCUCCUAGGGCGUGAGAGCUCAGGCUUCCCUCAGUGCCUGCGCACGGUGCCAGAGCUGAUCAGAUACGUCACCAUAGUCAUCUACACCUGCUCGGCCAAGCACGCCGCUGUCAACACAGGGCAGCUGGAGUACACCGCCUGGAUGCCCAACUUCCCAUCGUCCAUGAGGAACCCACCAAUGCAGGCCAAGGGGCUGACCACUCUGGAGACAUUCAUGGACACGUUGCCCGACGUGAAAACCACGUGCAUCACCCUGUUGGUGCUCUGGACACUCAGUCGGGAGCCCGACGACAAGCGGCCUCUGGGCCACUUCCCCGACAUCCACUUCGUGGAGGAUGCCCCGCGGAGGAGCAUGGAGACCCUGCGGUGCCGCCUGGCCCAGAUCUCGCACAAUAUCCGUCAGCGCAACAAGGGGCUCCCCAUCCCCUACUACUACCUGGACCCGGUGCUGAUAGAGAACAGCAUUUCCAUCUAGGACCGCUCCCCUGC